AUGGCACUCGACCACACGGCCCAUCCCGACGUUAUUGACACGAUCGUGGCGUCUUCGGCAGCCGACACGCUCUUCGCCGUGCGCGCCACAUCCAAGGGGCUUAGGGAUACAGCAGACCGCGUGCUGCUCUCGCACGUCGAGCUGCGGCUCCGCCGCGACCCCGGCCGGCUGGAGAUUGUCGGGCUCGACGGCCGACCGUUGCCUUCGCGGCCAGAGCUCGUCACCGUCGCCGACUUGACCACGUUUGAGAAGUGGUACGGUGUCGACGACGACGCCGAAGGUGCUGGGCAAGGCGAUGCCGACGACGAGGGCGGCGACGACUUGGGAGUCGGGAACACGGACCCCGUCCUCACGGCACACACUAUCGCGUCCUUCUCCGCCCUCUGCACCCUCCGCCGCAUGGGCGACGGCGUCAUAUCCCACUUUGCCAACAGUGCCAUCUUCCUGCAGGUCGACACCCUCGUCGACUUUUACGACAUGCACGACUAUCCCGCUUCGCACGCAGGCCACCAGCACUGGUUCAACCUCCCCGAGAUCAACCACCCGUGCCACAAUAUGCGGCGGUACGUGCUCCAUAUUCGCAUUGACGAGGCGUCGAUGAGCGCAGACGACAAUGUUGAAGCGCUGUUCCAGGAGGUGCGCGCAGUGGAAGACAUGUACAAGACCCUGCGGGACGCCGUGUUCGUCAUCCACCCGCCAGCACGUCCGACGCCCGACGCGAUAAUGUCAACCAUCCUGGCAGCCAUGUCCUACAGCAACGAAUUGUACACCAUGAUGGCUGACGCGGGGACUACGGAGCCGCUGAGCAUCACGUUCGUCGGGCUUGAAACGAUCGAGGCACUGCAGCCGUCUCCGGCGCCAGUGGGCGAGGAGGCUGAGCGGCUCCAGGGGACGAUGGGUAUCUUGCGCCACUGGAAGGACGUGGCGGCCGCUGGCGGGUUCGAGUGUAUCAGGGUGCUGGAUGACGACGAUCCCAAGCCGAGCAUGCGCUUCGUGAGUAUGGACGACUGGCUCGCCGAGCUGGGCGAUAGGCGCGAGAUUGAGGGCGAGUGGGUCGGGCGUAGAGGGUAG